UGUUCAAAAAAAAAAAUUGCAAACAGAAACCCGCUGGGGCAUUUUUUUUAAAUAAUAGGCGAAAAGCUAUUUGUUAUCUGUUUACUUUUGUGUUGCUCAUAAUCUUAAGCAUACAAAUAUCUACCAUCCGUUGGAAAAAGAAGGCUCGGACCGAAGAGAGCGGAAAAACGAACGCAGCAUCAUCUUACUUUUGUGUCUGAAAACAAUCGAAGAUGCCAAGCGAAAUAAUCACUCUUCAAUUGGGCCAAUGCGGCAAUCAAAUUGGCUUUGAGUUUUGGAAGCGUUUGUGCUUGGAGCAUGGCAUCUCCCCGAAUGGUGUCCUUGAGGACUUUGCUACCGAUGGCAUGGACCGCAAAGACGUAUUCUUCUAUCAAGCGGACGAUGACCACUAUAUACCGCGAGCGGUACUGCUGGACCUGGAGCCGAGGGUCAUAAACACCAUUAUGGGAUCAGCCUACUCCAAACUUUACAACCCAGAAAAUGUAUACCUAUCCAAGCAUGGUGGCGGCGCUGGAAACAAUUGGGCCUCAGGAUACAGCCAAGGCGACAAGUUGCAGGAGGAGGUGUUUGACAUUAUUGACCGAGAAGCCGAUGGAAGCGAUUCCCUGGAGGGCUUUGUUCUUUGCCACUCCAUAGCUGGUGGCACUGGCUCGGGAAUGGGAUCCUUCAUAAUGGAGCGCUUAGCGGACCGCUACCCAAAGAAGCUUAUUCAGACUUUUAGCGUGUUCCCCAACCAGGAUGAAAUUAGCGAUGUGGUUGUGCAGCCUUACAACUCGAUGCUAACGCUGAAGCGACUGACCAGUGCGGCAGACAGCGUGGUCGUGCUGGACAACACGGCACUUAAUAGAAUUGCAUGCGACAGGCUGCACAUUCAGAACCCAAGUUUUUCGCAAAUCAAUAACUUGGUUUCCACUAUCAUGAGCGUGAGUACCACGACCUUGCGGUACCCAUCCUACAUGAACAAUAAUCUCAUAGGACUAAUGGCACCCUUGAUCCCGACGCCACAGCUGCAUUUCCUCAUGACAGGCUACACGCCAUUGACUAGCGAUUCCGACGUAAACUGUCAGCAGACCGUGAAUGUACGAAAGACUACGGUGCUGGACGUGAUGCGACGUCUUCUCCAGCCGAAAAAUAUGAUGGUAUCCACAGGUCCUGACAAGACGAACCAUCAUUGCUACAUAUCCAUAUUGAACAUUAUCCAGGGCGAAGUCGACCCCACACAAGUACACAAGUCCCUGCAGCGUAUACGCGACCGCAAGUUGGCCCAGUUUAUACCCUGGGCCCCGACGUCAAUCCAAGUGGCCCUGUCCCGCUCCUCACCGUACGUCCAAAGCAAUCACCGCGUAUCCGGAUUGAUGUUGGCCAACCACACUAGCAUCUGCUCCCUAUUUGAGCGAGCUCUUAACCAGUACGACAAAUUGCGCAAGCGAGGCGCUUUUCUUGACCAGUUUCGUCGGGAGGAUGUCUUUAAUGACGAUCUCACUGAACUGGAUGAGUCCCGGGAGACGGUUGAAUGCCUCGUGCAGGAGUAUGAAGCGGCUACGACAGCCGAUUAUCUACAGUUCUCUGUGGAGCGCGCAACGAAAGAUAAGAAAAAAGAUGAAGCUAAAGCCCUGGCUGGUAGUGGUGUCUAACAAACUUAAAGCUUUCCCGUGCCUUCUGCGUGCCAGACCCCUUCUCGAAUAUAUUUUCCACACCAUUUAACUCAUCAGACGCGGGAUUUAGAAUCCCUCAGUAUUGACUAACAUGUUCUUUGUAGUUGACCCGUAUUUUAACGUUAAAAGUGUUUGAAUUUUAAUUUGUUUCUAAUAAAACAAAAAGAAUUUAAAUAAAUUCAAUUAAA